AUGGCCGGUGUUGUGAACAUGGAAGAAGAAGUUGUGUCAGUUGAGCUGCCUGCCCCUGCUUCUUGGAAGAAAUUGUUUAUGCCGAAGAAAGCUGGAACCCCAAAGAAAAGUGAGGUUGUAUUUGUGGCUCCCACCGGAGAGGAGAUAACCACCCGAAAACAAUUAGAUCAGUACCUAAAGUCACACCCUGGAGGUCCAGCUAUUUCAGAAUUUGAUUGGAGCACAGGUGAGACUCCAAGGAGAUCAGCAAGAAUCAGUGAGAAGGCCAAGGCUACUCCUCCCUCUACUGACAAGGAGAAACCAAAGAAACGUGCUCGAAAGUCAUUGGAGAAGAAAGAUAGCAAAGAGUUGGAAUCUGCCAAUGGUGAACCCGAGGACAAGAAAGAUAAAGAGAUGCUUGAUGCUGAGGCAAAUCCAAAGAAUGAUGUUGAGAUGCGAGCUGCUGACGAAAAUCAGAAGAAGGAUGAUGGAGGAGGUGAACAUGGUGAUAACAUUGAGACACCUCAGGACAAGGGCAAUGGCACUGAAGCUAGAAAUGACCCUGAACCUAAAGUGAAUGUUAAUGGUCUCCAGGAAGUUGGUGCAGCUGAUGCUGGGAUGCAGAAGACUGAAAAUGAGGGUUCUGCAACUGUGGCAGAAGUGGUUGAUCUUCCAUCUGAGAAGGUUAUUGCUGAAAUUCCAAUUACAGAUGGGAAAAAUGAACAGAAACCGGAUUCUGAAGAGCCUGAGAAACCAGACUCUGAGGCUGGAAAAGUUGUGAGUGCAGAUGCUGCAGAGAAAAACCAGGCUGGAAACAAUGCAGUGGCAGCAAAUAUUGGAGUAGAGCAACAGAAGACUGCUGGCACUGUUCUCUCUGAAGGAGAAAAGAAUGCAGUGACAAUGGCUGAUGAGAGAGAGAAUCAUAUGAAGGGUGUAAUGGAAAAUGGCAAGGUUGAUCAAGCAGUACCACGGGAAGCACCAAGAGGUCCAUCUCCAGCACCUAUUGCCUGCUGA